AUGGCAGAACAGCUCGAUUUCAUCAUCGUCGGGGCCUCAGUAGCAGGUCUUGCCUCCGGUAUUGCAUUGAAGAAGUCGGGCCAUCGCGUUUUAGUAGUGGAGAAGGCGGCUGGGCUUGGAGAGGGUCGUCCCACGAUACCAUAUGGAUGCGCUCGGAUACCACCGAACGGCUCCAAGAUACUUUCUCAUUGGGGCCUCGACAAACACAUCAGUGCAUUACAAUACCAGACGACUUCCCCAGGAUUCGCGGUCUUUCGAUAUGAGGGUAGGGGGGAAGGACAAGACUUGAUGGGACUUCAGAGCUACGAUGAAGAGAUGCUUUCUGAGGCACAAGGGCAAUACCUGACUUUGCGACACGUUGACCUCAUCCAUAUUCUCUAUAAUGAAUUCCUUCGGCCAAUGGACCCUCCCUCAUCUGUAGCCUCUCUCGACAAGAGCCGAAUUCAAGUCCGCUUCAAUGCAGAAGUCACGUCCAUCGAUUUAGAGGCCUGUAGUGUCACUCUACAGAAUGGAGAACAAUUGACGGCAGACGCGAUCAUUGGUGCAGAUGGGCCGAACGGUGUAGUCAGGGCUGCGCUCAAGCGGGAGGAAGAUGAAGAGAGGAAGGCGAGAGCAACCGAUGAUGGCGACUUUUGGCUUGACUCCGACUCCGAGUCCGAAGACUCUCAGGCCGACAAGGAAAAUGUAUCCCUACUUGUCUACAGCGCUACAGUUCCCAAAUCUGCGAUGCGAGACCACCCAGCCCUUGCCGGUUUAUUAUCCUAUAAUCAUUCCGCAUUCUUUGGGGCAAAUAGAGCAGCGUUCGUCUAUAGUGUGGGUGACAACCUUUCGUGCUGUAUCUACAGUCCCGAGGAUGGUCCAACUAGCAAGAUAACCGACAUUCUUGGGCCUGUCUGUGACUCGGGGAUUCGCUCCCUAGCUUUGGUUGCGGACUCUUCAAACAAGUCCCUACAUUCAUCUGGAAGGCCACUCCAAGAACACGAACCUCUUCAAUCUUGGGUCUCCGAGAGCGGACGCGUUGUCGUUCUCGGUGAAGCUGCUCAUCCAUUCCCCGCCGGAGCUGUUAACUCGUAUGCCUGCGCGCUAGAAGACAGCGUGUUUAUUGGCAAGAUAUUUUCGCAUACGCAUGACCGUUCCAGGAUACCAGAGCUGUUGUACGCUUUUCAGGAACAUCGUGAACCUCGGUGCAACCUCCUUUGUGAUAUCGAUAUGAAAUAUGUCACAUCGCUCACCCAGGAUGACGAGGACACUUACAUUACCCGCGACGCGAUGUUCCGCACAAAUUACCAACAAGGGAAGAACGUUAUGGAGAUACCAGAGAGUCACGAAGGGCAGACGAUGGAGGAAACACGCAUGCUAUUUUCUUACGACGCAGGUGACGACGCGGACGAAUGGUGGAUCAAUUGGGGGCGGUUCCACGACUUUGCUGUCAGAUCACAAGAGGACACCUGUGACGAGAACGGAGAUGGGGAGCUCGAGCGUCUCCCUCAGUGGCAGUGGAGCCAAGACUCGGAUGAGGGCUCGACGUGUUGGUUCACUGAUGGAUGUGAUGAAUCAACUCCGCGUCCGGGACAGUCAUUUCAUAUCAACAUCAAUGCGGAAGUCGAAGAGGACGAAACGAAUUGGCUCACCGUAUACGAUGGUAGUACCCGAAGGAAACGAGAAGUCGAUGCAAAGGACUAG